AUGGCUCAAUCAACUAGCACGUUAGGCUUUGACACAGCCGUCACCAAGUCGACUGUGACGCAGAAUCGACCGCCCGCUGUCGAUGCCGACACUCACCUAGACUGCCCGUCAGUUGCACGCGCAAACCAAGCAGCGACUCGGGAAAACCCAAGUGGCUCCGAGAAUUAUGCGAACAAAUACAAGGACUAUACUGUUUUACAGCAGCAUGUGCUGUUCUGGGACCGAGACAACGACGGCACCAUAACACCUCUAGAUACAUAUAUUGGCUUCCGAGACUUGGGCUUCAAUAUAAUUUUCUCUAUACUGGCUGUUCUUAUAAUAAACAUCAGCUUCUCGUAUCCGACCAGACUGGCUUAUUCCUGGGUACCGGAUCCGUUGUUCCGAGUCUACCUGCCCAGCAUCCACAAGGCUAAGCACGGCUCAGACAGCGCCGUCAUAGACAACGAAGGACGUUUCGUGCCCCAGGCAUUCGAGAACCUAUUUACAAAGUACAGCCGGAACGGCGAGGAGGAUACAUUGAGUCUUGCUGAUAUCUUCCGAUUGAUGAAAGGCCACAGAGUAGCCGCCGAUCCAUUCGGGUGGGGAGCAGCCUUUUUCGAAUGGGGAACAACUUGGCUAUUGAUUCAGAGAAAUGGAAAGGUUCAAAAGGAGGAUCUGAGGCAGGUAUAUGAUGGUUCUAUCUUUUGGAAUAUACGCGAGAAACGUCGCAGGCCAGAGGGUUGGAAUCAAGGAUACGGCCUUGGUGGUGACGGUUUUGUUGGACCAGUCAAAGUAAUCUGA